UGCGCGGUGCCUCAGCUCCAGUUCUGUUGGUUGUCCGCUGCCGGGGUAACAGGGUAACGGACUGGAAGCGGCUCAGCGUAUACUCCUACAGCUCACCGACACCAACCCAUUGCUUGCCUCCGGCUUAAGCAGGGCGAACGGUGGGCUCUGAGGGGAAGGCAGGAGUGUGGAACACCAUGAGUUUAGCAGAAAUUUAUGAUAAUGUAAAAAAAGGGAGAGAGUAUGCCCUUUUAGGAAACUAUGAUUCUUCAAUGGUUUACUACCAAGGAGUGAUCCAGCAGAUUCAAAAACACACUCAUUUAAUAAGAGAUCCAGCUUUAAAGGUGAAAUGGUUGCAGGUGCGACAGGAGCUAGUUGAAGAGUAUGAGCAGGUGAAAAGUAUUGUCAACACAUUGGAAAGCUUUCGAGUAGAGAAACCUCCAACUGAUUUCUCUGCACCACAGCAAGAUGAGUCUCCCAAAGAUCCAAGUAUUUGGCCACCACCUAUUCCAGUUGAGCAUAGAGCUCCUUUGAUGAAGCGGCAAAAUCGUGAAGUUAAACCCUCUCGUAAAGAGUCUCCAGUUGUCCAGGCACGAGGACUUGUAGGUCGAGGUCAGCAGGCUGGUAGAGCUGAGAAGUCUAGCAGCAAGUAUGGUGGUGAUUCCAGAGUUAGGGGGAAAGAUGAAAAGGGCAAAAGGAAUCCCCAGGAAGCAGCAGGAGAUACAGACGGGAAGAAAUUUGACGGAACUGGUUAUGACAAAGAAUUAAUUGAUGUUCUGGAGAGAGAUAUAAUAUCUAGGAAUCCAAAUGUCCACUGGGAUGAUAUAGCGGAUUUGGAAGAUGCUAAAAGGCUCUUGAGAGAAGCUGUUGUGUUACCAAUGUGGAUGCCUGACUUUUUCAAAGGAAUAAGACGACCAUGGAAGGGGAUCUUAAUGGUUGGACCACCAGGGACAGGUAAAACCAUGCUAGCUAAAGCUGUGGCUACGGAGUGUGGUACAACUUUUUUUAAUGUGUCCUCUUCCACAUUAACUUCCAAAUACCGAGGAGAGUCUGAAAAAUUGGUUCGUUUGUUGUUUGAAAUGGCUCGAUUUUAUGCUCCAACUACUAUUUUUAUAGAUGAAAUCGAUUCCAUUUGUAGUCGUAGAGGCACCUCUGAUGAGCAUGAAGCCAGUCGCAGAGUCAAAUCAGAAUUGCUCAUUCAGAUGGAUGGUGUAGGGGGUAGUUCAGAGAAUGAGGAUCCAUCAAGAAUGGUAAUGGUUCUGGCUGCCACAAAUUUUCCAUGGGAUAUAGAUGAAGCAUUACGGAGGAGACUGGAAAAAAGAGUGUACAUUUCUUUGCCAACAGCAAAUGGAAGAGCAGAACUACUGAAAAUAAAUCUACGAGGGGUAGAUGUUGCUUUAGGUGUUGAUGUUACAAUAAUUGCUGAGAAGAUGGAAGGUUAUUCUGGUGCUGAUAUCACCAAUGUAUGCAGAGAUGCUUGCAUGAUGGCAAUGCGUCGACGAAUUCAAGGCCUGUCCCCUGAAGAAAUCAAAGCUUUAUCCAAAGAAGAAUUGCAAAUGCCUGUAACAAUGGAUGACUUUGAACUGUCUCUAAAGAAAAUCUCCAAAUCGGUUUCUGCUUCAGAUCUUGAAAAGUAUGCAACGUGGAUGGCUGAGUUUGGUUCAGUGUAGCUCUAGGUGAAAGUGAAUGGAUUUGAGUUAUAUAGACUGUGUGAGUCAUAGGGAAAUCAGCAUUAAGUUGGUACAUUUUGGUUCAUAAAUAGACAAUGUAUUAAUAAGUUGAGCCUUGAGAACUGUCUGUUUACUAAUGCUGACUUGAUACAUUCAAAUUAAAGCACUUUAUUAUACUUGUAAUUAAACCAACUGACAUGUAUUGGGUCAAAGUAAUGUCAGGUUAUUUAAUUGUGUUGACCAAUUAGUUUAAAAAAGAACUUUUUUCCCUUUAUUCAUGUUAGAGAAAUCUUUAAUUACAUCUCAACAUAAAACUAUGGUGUGUAUUGAAAAUAAUUCUUCUCUCUGGUCUAAUUUAUUGGAUUCAUUCCAUAAUUCAGUACAUUGCUUAUCUGAAUGCUCCAAACGUACACCUUUGUUUAACAGCCAUAUAAUGCAUAGCAAUAAUUGUGUGGGUUGGACUUAAAGUAUAGAAGAAACUACAUGCUUUAAUUAAUCAUGAACAAAACUAACAAUUCCAUAAGCAACAAUGUAUUUUCAUUUGUUAGAUUUUUUUAUGGUUUUAUAAAAAAUUGAAAAGGCUUCAUUCAUUUGCUUACCUUCAGGUGAGUUUAAUCAUUUAGUUCCAUGGUGGUACAAAUCAAACAUACUAACAAAAUAUUUAAAUUUUCUUCUUGAUUUUUUUGGUCUGCUGUAUGCUAGACCAUAGUAGCAAGUAAUUACUCUGUCAUUUAUCCUAUUGCCCCUUGACCCUAAUUUUGUGUUUACAAUUAGCUUCCCGACCAUGUUUACAGAGAGUGAUGUUUGCCAUUCAAAGGUGUAAAAGUGAUAAUAAGCUAAUAUAAUAUUACUUUAUUACAAUUGCAUUAAUCUUUGAGAAUAUUUAGUUUUCUUUGAAUUAUUUUGCUCUCACAUAUACCAGCAUUAUAAAGUUAACUGUUUAACCCUCUGCAUACUAAAUUAUGAAUAACCAAGCCAGUAGAUAAACUUGUUACAGGAGUUUUAUAGCAGAGAACUAACUGGUAUUUCCAUGCUUGGUAAUUUGAUUUAAUUGUGGUGCAGAUAUGAAGAAUCUUAUUAACUUACUGAGCUGAUUAGUAUAUCUAACUACAAGUAACUACUAGUAACCUUAACUUAAGGAUGGAUACACUAAGCAUUGCACAAGAACGUCAAAAGUCAAUGAAUAAUUUUAAUGGUUCAAUUGUUUCUAAUAUGAUAAUGAGGCAGAAUAUCUUGUAGGGUUCUUUUUCCGUUUUAUAAAUUAACUCCAUGCUAAUACAAUGACUAAUUUAGCUAAGCUUGUUGAGUUGAAUAGUGCUGCAAACAUCAGCAAUUCAGUAUUAAGUUAUGAGCAUUCCUUUUAGUACUUGCACUUUUUGUAAAAAUCUUUCUAAGAACAGGGAUGCUAAUGUUUUAUGUCAUUUUAUAUUGUUUGUGUAAAAGCAUUGUGUACUAUGUGAAUGACCACUCAUAUUACUUCUGAAUAUUAUUUAUGUUGUAUUUUUGUUAUGCAACUGUUCUAAAUAAUUUUUUAAACACUUGUGAAAUCUGGUACAAUGGAUUAAUCCUGAUAAGCUUACUAGUAAACAUACUUCUGAAUUUAUCGGUUUCGGAUUUAUUUUUACUUAAUCAAUACUUUAUGAAAAUGGA